AAAUACAGUCACCAUGUCGUCUGCACUAUUGCCUAAGCCACAAAUGCGGCGCCUCUUGGCCAGGCGGAUGAAGUUUCACCUGUUUGGGGCAUUUUUUGUAUCUGUGGGAUGUGCAGCUUUAUACAAGUUUGGAGUUGCUGAUCCCAGGAAACGAGCUUAUGCGGAGUUCUAUAAAAGCUAUGAUCCCAUGAAGGACUUUGAAGCCAUGAGGGCAGCUGGCGUGUUUGAGUCUGCACCACCCAAGUGAUGGUAACCUGCAUUUACAGAUCCCCUUCAGUCUAAGGAGACUUGAUGACUGAACCUUACUUGUUCACUGAAUUGUAAAGCGUAAUGCACUUCAGUGCACGGCACGCUCUAAUGUAACUCAAUAAAUAAAAUACAUAUGUCA